UGACAGAGUAAAAGUAGGGUGAUUUAUAAAUAACCAACGAUCCUCAGAAUGCGGUGAAUGGGGGUAACACGGCGUUAAUGAACCAUUCUUUCAAAGUGUAAAAUUUAGUUCAAUUUGUCUUUUUUCAGAUAUUUCUGCUUCAGUCAGUCAUGAUAUAUGGGGAGUACGCCGUCUAAAAACAAUUCUCCAGCGUGGACCAGGACUGUUAUGUUCUCCCAGAAGUAUUACACAGACGGUCUCUUAACAGUAUCUAAAGGCUUCUCCAAAAUCAACAACAAUACAAUCGUCAGAACACGGACUGGAAAUGCAGUAACAGAUGGCGCAAAAUGGAGCAGACCAUUUAGAAGAGGAAAACACGUGUUUGAAAUAGUUUUCCCGCGUCAAAUGCGCGGAAAACACGCAUCGGUGGGUAUAGGUCUUAAAAAGGCAGCUGUUGUCAGUGAAUCAAACCAAACGCUUGUAGGAUCUGAUGAACAUUCUUGGGGUGUGGAUCUAGUGACUAAAGAGGUGUGCCAUAAUAAGAGGAGACUGGGGCGGUUCCCUGGUAUGUUGACGAACUUCCCGGACAGGUUUUACAUGUAUGUUGAUAUGGAUAUAGGCAGCUUACUGUUUGGCCAGGAAGACAAGUUCUUUGGAGCCGCACUGACAGACGAACAGUUAAUUGGGAGUGUUGUGUACCCUAUGGUGUCUGCUACUCAGACUGGGGCCGCCAUCACAGUAGUUUACAGAGGAAAAGGUAAACCGAUUGAAGGACCAUUAAGAAAAAAGCGGAAGUAGGAGUUAACACAGCUUAUAUAACUCAGGGAGGACGAGUCUCAAUAUCUUUUACGCAGAUAAAACUUUAUCAAAUUACCCGGUAUUUUUUCCCUCAGCAUUUUUCCCCAUCAUUCGUUAAAUCCAAAGAUUAUUCAAUAAUUCUAAUGACAUUGAUAAUAGUUGAGAAUAACCCGGUUAGGGACUUUUUCAAAUAAUUGAUAUAUAUAUAUAAAACAGAAACACUCUUUAAAAAAUAAUUAAAUACAUGUCUUGCAAUGGUCGUCUCCUGUCGUAUACGAACAUAAAUGCAAAGAUAUGUGGCCCUCUCUCUCUCUCUCUCACACACACACACAUAUUCUGGUCAAGAAGAACAUUACCCAUCUGAAACUUCAAACUUAUCAAUGUUUUUUUUUUUAA